UGUCGUAGGCCUAAAAUUGUACUUUUCUCUAUUUUAAAAGCUUUUUUAUUAGUUUGUCACACGUUCACAGUUGAACUGAAUUCUCUCUUUUGAAAGUGUUUCUCCAGUACAGGAAUCGAGAAACUGGAUGGCGCUUAGGUAGUUAAAAAGAGUCGCCGCCCGCCGCUUAUGAAAACGUCAUUCUGACGAUAACCUGAGUUUUCCCGAGUGCCGCUUUGCGUUUAAUUAGGGAGUGCAAUCCAGUCGCAAGUCAAUUAACUGGAGUUCCUGCGGGCCAGUGACGAUGAACCCAUGCGUGCCGACGCCCUUGGAGGACACCACAGGCGACAAUCGAUGGAUAUCGAUACACAAGCGGUUCGUGAGUGAGCUGCGGGAUAAGGAUCCGGAGGUGAUCUUCAUCGGCGACUGCAUCCUGGAGGGGCUGCAGUUCACUGAGAUGUGGAAUGUGUGCUUUGCACCGAUGCACUGCCUCAACUUUUCCAUCCGGGACGACCGCACGCAGAACACGCUUUGGCGGAUUCACAAUGGUGUCUUAGACAACGUGAAGGCGCGCAUCGUGGUGGUGCAUGUGGGCACCAACAACAUCGACAACACACCCCAGGAGACUGCCGAGGGCGUGGUGGCAGUGGUGCGGGCGGUGCGCGAGCGGCUUCCAGAGGCGUACGUUGUGCUGCCCACACUGCUGCCGCGUGGCCACAUGCCCAACAAGCUGCGCGAGAAGAACGCCCAGGUGAACGCACUGGUGGCCGGGUUGUGUGCUGGAAUGCCCAAGGUGCAGAUCGUGGCCAUCGAGAAGGGCCUGGUGCAAUCUGACGGCUCCAUCAGUCACCAUGACAUGUACGACUACCUGAACCUCACAAAUGCCGGCUGCAAGAAAGCCUUCGAGCCCGUAUACGAGCUCCUGCACCAAAUACUCACGGAGAACGAGCCCGAGAAGGAUCUCACGCCAAGCGAAUGAGCACGCCCUAGCACUGCACAGCCACACACUUUGACUCCCUGCUGCACUCACAAGAUACUCUCCCUAGUUUUGUAAUUUACUUGAGUAGCCCGAUAAUAUUAAGGAAGAAGAGUUGUUAGAUCAAAAGCUUAAGAUUCCAUUUCAUGCUUCUAUGGGUAGCUUUUUAUACCUCAAUCUUCACAUUUUCCGCAAUUUCUGUCCACUUCCCGAAGGCUUGAACAGAAAAGCGCGUAUUUUUGAAGUGCAGAGAAAUAUUUUUGAACUCACCGCAGAGAAAUUGCCGAUGGACAGAGAAGAGGAGGUAUAAAAAAUGUAUGAGAGAACAAGAUAAAAUAUUGUGAUGUAUUUGUAUUAAAUUAUCAAAUAAAUUAUGGAGGUGAAAGAUGAAA